AUGGAUUUCUCCCUCAAGAAAUCAUUCAAAUCAAACGCCUCUUCUUACAAGCACAUGCGAAAGAUCUCCGCCGCUGGACCUGAUAGUAAUUCCUCCAGCCAUGAAGAAUUCUCCAUUCUCCUUGAUCAAGGACUCUCAGACCGUCAUCCAGAUGUUGUCAUCAGAAUGGACGGUAAUGAUUCAGCCACUGAUGAUGUGAAUAGUAGCGGUUACGAGGUUUGGCAAGAAGAUCAAGAUCGUCAAGACAGUAGUUGUAAUAGAAAUAAUAUUAAUAAUUAUAACAAGAACGUGAAGGGGGAGAGCUUUGAAGGUAUGAGUCAACGCGGGGAGGAUCCGUCGAGAUUAAUCGGUCAGUUUUUGAAUAAACAGAAGACGCAAGACGAGAUUGCACUGGACAUGGACUUGGAAAUGGAGGUGCUUGAACAGAUGAAUAAUAUUAAUCAAGAUCAGGCGAGAGACCUCCGGGUUUCGUUUGGUCCGAAUACGGUGGAUAGAGAAUCAGUGAGGAGACGAUACAAGGACUCCCCGGAAGGAGACCCGAACACCAUCUCCCAAAAGGAACAACAAGGUUAUUAUAAUUACAGUCCGGGAGAGCUCCGUAAAGAAGAGGUUUUGAGGUGCACCGCUAAUGCAUCGUUUAAUAAGAGAAACAUUUCGUUUCAGAAAAAUCCUAGUUUGUUGGUGAAGAUAAAGACAAGAUCACGGCUUCAAGAUCCACCACAAGAAGAGAUUGAGCUGAUAUCACAGAGGUCGGGUCAAUUAAAAUCCGGGAUGUUACAGAAGAUCGGACCUGAUGACGAUGAGGACCCGUUAUGGAGUGAGGACUUGCCUGAGGAAUACACAAAGGCUAAUCUGAGUGCAAUCACUUUGCUUCAAUGGGUGAGUUUGUUUAUAAUUGUUGCUCUCUUGAUUUGUAGUCUAUCGAUUCCAUAUUUGAAGAAAAAGACCGUGUGGAAUCUUGAGUUAUGGAAAUGGGAAUUGAUGGUACUAGUUUUGAUCUGUGGUAGAUUACUUUCUGGUUGGGGGAUUCGUAUAGUAGUGUUCUUUAUUGAAAGAAAUUUUUUUCUACGUAAAAGGCUUUUGUAUUUUGUUUAUGGGGUUAGAAAACCAGUGCAAAAUUGUUUAUGGUUAGGACUUGUGUUAAUCGCUUGGGAUAGACUAUUUGAUAGGAAAGUUGAGAGGGAGACCGAAAGCCAGUUUCUCGAAUUCAUCACCAAAAUCCUGGUGUGUCUUUUGAUUGGUACUUUAUUUUGGCUAGUGAAAACGUUAAUGGUUAAGGUUCUUGCUUCGUCCUUCCAUGUGAGCACAUAUUUUGAUAGGAUUCAAGAGUCGUUGUUUAAUCAAUAUGUAAUCGAAACGCUCUCCGGUCCACCAUUGAUUGGAAUUCAAAGAGUUGAGGAAGAUGUGGAGAGAACUGCAGCCGAGGUUCAUAAGUUACAAAACGCCGGGGCGGUUUUGCCUCCUGAUCUUAGAGAUGACGCGUUAGGCAAGAGUGGGAGAGUGAUAGGGAGAAGUUCGAGGCAUACUAAAAGUGGCAAAUUGUCUGGAGCAUUAUCGAAGAAGAGCGUGGCGGAUGUUGGGAUCACAAUCUAUCACUUGCAUAAACUUAACCAUAAGAACAUUUCGGCAUGGAAUAUGAAGAGGUUGGUGAACAUGGUGCGACAUGGUUCACUCUCUACAUUGGAUGAGCAAAUUCUGGGUACUACAGCUAAUGAGGACGAAUCUACAAAAGAAAUCAGAAGUGAAUUUGAG